AUGGCCGUAACCAACGACCAAGAUUCUGUUUUCCAGAGACUUCCCAAUGAACUGACCAACAUCAUCUUUAACCUUCUCCCAAAUCGCGACAUUAAGAACCUCCGUUUAACAUGUCACUGUCUCAAUCAACGCGCGCCCUUGCGGUUCAAUCGCGUCUUUGUUUCUGCAAAUCCGCUUAAUAUCGAAGUCUUCCUUGCAAUCGCACACCACGACACCUUCAGACAUCAGGUCAAGGAACUCAUCUGGGAUGACGCUACUUUUCAAUCUUUGCAAACUAGUACGGAUGAUUACGAUGACGACUUUGGCUCUGAAGAAGAGGGGUCCGGCGAUCACGAUUAUCAAGGCGAUUCAUGGUUUUCACGACGCUGCAGGCAAGCAAUAGGAGACCAUAUGUCGCGACUGGAUAUAAUCUAUGGCAACGAGCAGCGAAGAUCACUCUUGCCAUCACGCGAAUCACUUUCGUACUAUGAGCGGCUUUUCGAAGAGCAGGCUCCUGUUCUGGAAUCCCGAGCUGAUGAGGAAGCCGUUAGAUACGUUUUACAGAAAUCACGUUUCCCAAAUCUCAUGAAAGUCACUGUUACUCCCGCAGCACAUGGCUUUCUCUUCUCCCCGCUAUAUGAGACUCCAAUGAUCCGCGCGUUUCCACCUGGCUUUGUAUAUCCAAUUCCCCGGGGCUGGACAUACGCUAUUGAUAUCUAUUCACCAGGGGAUGCCGAGCCUUGGGAUCAUGAAGAGGAAAAGAAAAAAUGGCGAGGGGUUCAGAUUAUGUCACGGCUACUUGCAGACCAGGAUAUCCCUUGCAGUCUCCCAGAGCUGUCGUUUGACAAUCACCAGCUUCCCACUGGCAUCAACCAUUACGUCUUUGACCAACCGAAUGACGAGUAUGAUAACCUUUGUCGGAUAUUGGAACGGCCGGGGUUCAAACGAAUUACCUUGUCGGUGCUUAUGGGAUGGCUAUCAGACCAAGAUGCCCAAGACUGGGACUUUUUGAAGAAAGGAAGAAUCCGAAAUGCUCUGGCCAAGGCUUCUGACCUUGAAGAAAUAACCUUCCAGACUGACUAUCCACUCGAGGAACAUUGCUGGGAAAGUCCAGCAGUGGAUACUGUAUCGCUCUUCGAUAUAUUCCCCAUCGACCAGUGGUCUACUGGGGGUCUUAAACACUUUGGACUUUCUGGGAUGCAGGUGACCCAAGAAGAACUAUUAUCUGUCAUUGAGAAGCUGUCGCCAACCCUUCAAUCUAUCGAAUUAAGCUUUCUCUCCUUUAUUGAAGGAACGGGAAAUCAUGCUGGGAUCCUCGCUGAUAUUCGCGAUAAGCUGGAAUGGAGACAUCGCCCCGUCAAUCAAAGGAUUAGAUUGCGCAUGCUCGUCAGGAUCAACCAAGAAAUUGGUCGUUACACAUGUUUGGAUAAGGAAAUCAAUGACUAUCUUUAUGGCGAUGGCCCCCCACCGUUUGGCGUUGACGCAAGCGGAGGAUCAUGGGCUAUGAUUCUACCAGGGGCUGGCAUGGAAUACGAUGAGUUCGAUACAGACUACGUCAAACCAUGUAAAAGAUUGCGAGAUAUACCGAGAGAUGUAGAAGAAGUAUCUGGUUAA